AUGGGGGGCUCGCAGAGUGUGGAGAUCCCCGGUGGAGGAACAGAGGGGUACCACGUCCUACGGGUACAAGAAAACUCUCCUGGACACAGAGCUGGGCUUGAACCUUUCUUUGACUUCAUUGUUUCAAUAAAUGGUCUAAGACUGAAUAAGGACAACGACACACUGAAAGAUCUGCUGAAAGCAAGUGUUGAGAAACCUGUGAAGAUGGUGGUGUACAGCAGCAAGACACUGGAACUGAGGGAGACGAUGGUCACACCUAGCAAUAUGUGGGGAGGACAAGGCUUGCUGGGAGUCAGCAUACGAUUCUGCAGCUUUGAAGGGGCUAAUGAGAACGUAUGGCAUGUGCUGGAAGUGGAACCAAACUCCCCUGCAGCGUUGGCUGGUUUGAGGCCCCAUACAGACUACAUCAUAGGAGCAGAUACAGUAAUGAAUGAGUCAGAAGAUCUGUUUUCCCUUAUUGAGACUCACGAAGGAAAGCCUUUAAAGCUGUAUGUGUACAACACAGACACCGACAACUGCAGGGAGGUGGUCAUCACUCCAAACUCUGCAUGGGGUGGAGAAGGCAGGCUUAGGUUGUGGCAUCGGGGUAUGGCUAUCUUCAUAGGAUACCCACUCGACCAUUUGAGGAAGGGAAGAAAAUCUCUCUGCCAGCACAGCAGUCUCCGGGGGCUCCUGUGAGUCCUCUAAAGGACGGUUUUACAGAGGUCCAAUUGUCGUCUGUGAACUCUCCUCCUACACUGCCUGUUGGGACUCCGGGAAUUGAAGCAAGUCUUUCUGGACUGUCCCUCACCUCCAAUACACCUGCAGCCACUAGUGCUCUUACCUCAGGUUUACCAACAGUUCCUGUCUUGGCUCCUCAGAUAAAUCAUUCCCUCGCCUCUGUUCCUCUAAACCCAGCAGUCUCUUUGCCAGGUCUCAUGCCAUUAUCCACUGGACUCCCUACGUUACAGAAUUUGCCCAGUCUGAAUAUGCCCGCUUCCCACCUCAUCCCACGACCAGGACUUCCGGACUUGACACAGAAUAUGUCACAUUUGCCACCCCUUGGCCCACUGCCACCACUGAAUCUGGCAGGUCUGCCUCCCCUCUCUGUAAACGCUCAGUUUCCAGCGUUUCCCCUGGCACCGAUCUCUGGUGAUCUAGCCCCAUCACUGCUGGACCACAUCACUGCACCCCUCACAGAAAACGCCACAUCCACGGCUGAAGAGCUGGGCAGUGCAGACCUCCCACCAACGGAGAAAGUUACUGUUCGUAGCACAGAAGCAACAGUCGCAGAGUCCUCAUAA